GAGUUUAAUAUUUCGCGAUCGUAUCCAGGGUAAUAGAGAUAAUGAAUUAAGUGAAGAUCAUAGAUAAAGACAAGUAGACAAGCUGGUGAGGGUGAAGAUCUAGUUCGUCACAAUCACAAUUCACUGAAAUGAAGCCAUAACCAGUUUUUACUUGAUAUGCGUGUUUCGUUUCUAUAGCGUCUGUAAUCUGUGUUCCUUCAUUACUUUGACGGCAAGCUUGUCACUAGUCAAAUCAAUUGACUGUUUUGCUAUUCUGCCGGUAAACCAAAGAAUUUUCAUACGUAAACCAUAUUUUCUUACAAGAUGCCCAAGAAAUCCAAAAGAGCAGAUACCUCCGACUCAGAUUCUGGUCCAGAGGACAGGGAACCAAUUAAGAAAAAAGUGAAAUCUGAUAACAGUUUCCGUACUGAAGAUAGUGAGCCUACUUGGGAUCUGGGUAAAAACCGAUUUGUAAAAAUCAGUGACUUCAAAGGUAAAGUCUAUGUCAACAUUAGAGAAUUCUAUAACGCGGACGGUGACUUGCGUCCCGGGAAAAAGGGAAUUAUGCUCACAGGCGAGCAGUGGCAGAGGUUCAAAGCCUCAGUAAACGAAAUUGAUGAAGAACAAUUCAUGUCUUGUAUAUUAAAUAUGUGA